AAUCAGGUUGAGUGGAGCGGAAUGAUCACAUGACUGUCAAGACCACAGAAAUGCCAAACACACACACACACUGGAAUAAAACUGGCAUGUGUGUGUGUGUGUGUCCCAGGUGUUCCGGUGGAAGACAAGAUUAAUAUGUUCAUCAACAGUUUUGGCUCCAUCCAGGAAACCAACAUGGACUACCGUGUGAACAUCUUCCUGCGUCAACGGUGGAACGACCCGAGGCUGAAGCUCCCGGCGGACUUCAAAGGAGAAGCGCUGACGGUGGACCCCAAGAUAUUCCAGUGUCUAUGGAAACCAGACCUGUUCUUCGCCAACGAGAAACAUGCCAACUUCCAUGACGUCACGCAAGACAACAUCCUGUUAUUUAUCUUCAGGAAUGGAGACAUUCUCAUCAGCAUGAGGUUGUCAGUGACCCUGUCCUGCCCUCUGGACCUCACUCUGUUCCCCAUGGACACACAGCUGUGCAAGAUGCAACUGGAGAGCUUUGGCUACACCACCAGUGAUCUGGUCUUCAUGUGGAUGACAGACCCAGUCCAGAUGGAUGAAAUCGCUCUUCCUCAGUUUGACAUUAAACAGCAAGAGAUACAGUACGGAAACUGCACCAAAUUCUACCAAGGAACAGGUUACUACACUUGUGUGGAGGUGAUCUUUACAUUAAGGAGACAGGUGGGCUUCUAUAUGAUGGGAGUCUACGCCCCCACUCUUCUCAUCGUGGUUCUCUCCUGGCUGUCCUUCUGGAUCAACCCUGACGCCAGCGCUGCCAGGGUUCCUCUGGGUAUCCUGUCUGUCCUGUCCCUGUCCAGUGAGUCCAUGUCUCUGGCGUCAGCGCUUCCUAAAGUCUCCUAUGUGAAGGCGAUAGACAUCUGGCUCAUCGCAUGUCUGCUGUUCGGCUUCGCUUCACUGGUGGAGUAUGCAGUGGUGCAGGUCAUGUUAAACAGUCCUAGGCGUAUAGAGGAGGAGAAGUCUAAGAUGGCGUCUAAAGAGAAGGCUCUGAGAGAGAAAGAGGGGAAGAAGACUCCUUCUAAAACUAACACUGUCAAUGGGACCGGAGGAACGCCCAUUCAUCACGUUAGCACUCUGCAGGUGGUGGAGACCCGCUGUAAGAAGGUGUGUACAUCUAAGUCAGACCUCCGCUCUAAUGACUUCAGCAUUGUGGGAUCUCUCCCCAGAGACUUUGAGCUUUCUAACUUUGACUGCUAUGGCAAGCCCAUUGAGGUUACCGGGGCAACCGGCAAAUCACAGGCCAAGAACAACAAGAAAGCCCCGCCCCCUAAACCUGUCAUCCCCGCUGCAGCCAAACGCAUCGACCUGUACGCACGUGCUCUGUUCCCCUUCAGUUUCCUCUUCUUCAACGUCAUAUACUGGUCUGUCUACUUGUAGGGAGGGAAGGUGUGUGUGUUAAUAUCUGAGAAUGUCAGUGGGUAUUCCCAUUUUUUUUAUAGUAACAUAAAGUAGUAAAUUAUCUUGACCUGUAAUCCCUGACCUCUAACCCCUGACCCCUUGCCCAUGAACCCCAAUCCUACUUUUACGAGGCUGGUUUCCCGGACUCGGAUAAGGCCCAGUCCUGGACUGCUCUCUCAAUAGAUUAAAGUCCAUUGGACUUAAUCCAAAAAAAGGCUUCAUCUGUGUCCAGGGAACCAACAUGUAGAAGUGAUCUUAGAUUAGAACUCAUCCUAUACGGCUUGGCUUUCUCAAUGUAGUAACCGCCCAGAGACAGGCAGGCAGACAGACAGACACGCAGACACGCAGGCAGGCAGGCAGACAGACAGACACGCAGACAGACACGCAGACAGACACGCAGGCAGACGGGCAGGCAGACGGGCAGACGGACAGGCAGGCAGACACGCAGACAGACACGCAGGCAGACGGGCAGACAGACGGGCAGACGGACAGGCAGGCAGACAGGCAGGCAGACAGACAGACAGACAGACAGACGGGCAGACGGACAGGCAGGCAGAUAGGCAGAUGGACAGGCAUGCAGAUAGAUAGAUAGACGGGCAGGCAGGCAGAUAGAUAGAUAGACGGGCAGGCAGGCAGAUAUGCAGACAGACAGGCAAAAAUUCAGGCAGACAGAUUCUCCUUGGACCUCGCUCAUCAACAAACUGUUUUCUGAGAUACUGAAUUUGGCGCGCUUGGCACAUAGUUUUGCCCAUUCGAACAUUCAGUUGAACAGUAGCUGAAUGCCUCGAUGCCUGCUUUAUAUAGCAAGACACAGCCACACAACCCACUGUCUCUAACCCAUAUUUGUGAAAUGGGCGGCGGACCUAAUAAACUGUCUGGAGAGUGUAUAUCAUCGAUACAUGAAUAUAACAGAAUAUAUAGCAUGUUAACAUGGGGAUACAUACAGUAUCAUCUAUACAUGAAUAUAACAGUAUACAGUAUAUGGGUCGAGUGUUGGUUUCUUGAGUAGAGGAGCGACUCGGGCCAUCCUGAAGUCAGUGGUCAGGGAUGAGUUGAUGAGUGAACUGAGGAAGGGGAGGUCUCCAGAGAUGGUAGGGAGGAGGGGAUGAGGAAGGGGAGGUCUCCAGAGAUGGUAGGGAGGAGGGGAUGAGGGAAGUGAGGAAGGGGAGGUCUCCAGAGAUGGUAGGGAGGAGGGGAUGAGGGAAGUGAGGAAGGGGAGGUCUCCAGAGAUGGUAGGGAGGAGGGGAUGAGUG